AUGAAUUCCACUGAAAUCACAAACGGACCAAAUCAAACAAUAACUGAAAACUCAGAAGCUCUGGAUGAUGAUGAUGAUGAUGAUGAUGAUGAUGAUGAUGAUGAUGAUGAUGAUGAUGAUGAUGAUGAUGAUGAUGAUGAUGAUGAUGAUGAUGAUGAUGAUGAUGAUGAUGAUGAUGAUGAUGAUGAUGAUGAUGAUGAUGAUGAUGAUGAUGAUGAUGAUGAUGAUGAUGAUGAUGAUGAUGAUGAUGAUGAUGAUGAUGAUGAUGAUGAUGAUGAUGAUGAUGCAUUUCACAUAAAUAUAAAAAAAUUUAAGCUUUAUGAUAUGAGAAUUAAUAAUAGAAUUGAUCAACAAUUUGAUAAUAAUAAUAAACUAUAUAAAGCAUCUGAUAUAGAUAUAUUGGAUAACAAGAAAGAUUUCAAUAUAUCAAUAUAUUGA